AUGUCUCACAUCCAUCAUCCAAGACGUAAUUCGUCAGCGUCGCCGUAUUCGGUAGCCUCCAAAACCCCCCACAAACACGGCAGCCAUCACCAUCACGGCCACAAACUCUCAACGUCAGUGCCAUCACUUCCCCGCAAUCUUGUUGUCCGGCGGAUUUCGGAGGGCGAUUCCGGCAGACUCAAAGAACUGUUGAACUGUGAGGCAUGCGGAAAGGGCUACAAGCACAUCUCGUCGCUCGCCAAACAUCUUUGGGAGCACACGCCCGAAUGGAACAUGACAAAGAAGCUUCUUAUAUCCAAACAUCAGCAGGUUCAGCUCCUAGAGGCUGCCUCUAUUCUCGUGGGAAUGACAGACCCAAACCACGAUGACAGCGACGUUUCUGUGCGAGAGAAACUUCGAUUCACAGACUCCUUUGACUCUACGCGCGAGUACGCGGUGGAUAUGGCAGACACUUCCUCUGUGAGCCGUGCUCAUUCCAUUUCAGAAUAUCCACCGUCGCUGAUCCCGUCCACAUAUUCACCAAUGCCUGGAUACGUUGGCGGAUACAUUGACGUACCGAAGAUCAAAAAGGAACUAACAGAAAACCGAGAUGAGGUGUUCAAGCGGCCAACCACCAUCAACUCCAGUUCCAAACGGCUCUCAAUCAGUGACUCCCGCGAAAGCUCAAGCGAUCCCCUGGAUGGGAGAACGGGAGACGAAGCAAAUAUGCCUGAGACUGAGAGCGACGACGAGAUCGUAGGGAAAAUGGAAUAA